AUGUUGACUCCAGAAGAGGAGAAUGAAGCUGAAGUCCGACGAGAGGACCAGGAAAACAUCAAUAAGUUUGCUCGGUUGAAUGCCCAGCUUCACGAAGUGAGAGCAGAAAUAGAUUCUCUCAAGAAAGAAUUAGAACGAAUUGACGAUGCAUCCACGGAAAUCAUGAUGGCAGACGCUGGCAAGGUACUACUCUUCAUGGGUGGUGCUUUUUUCGAAACCAGCGAGGAGGAAGCAACAACCUACUGCGAAGAUACCGUGGAAAAAUACCAAGAGAGAAUUCAAUCCUUGGAGACGGAGGAAUCGGAAAUUCUGGAAAAGCAGGAUGAUUUGAAACAGAUUCUGUAUGGGCGGUUUGGAAAGUCCAUUCAAUUGGAAGAAUAG